AUGAAGACUUUAAUCUUCGCUGUGUUCCUGUGUGUGCUCUGUCACACGGUGCGUUCACUGUCCGACGGAGGUGAGUACUUCACGGUCCUUCGUUCUUCAGAAAUGGCGCUGCGUCACUGACGGAGAGUCCGUGAAAUGGCUGCCGAGUGAACCGAGUCAGAGUGGGACCGAAAGUUAGUUUUAAUGUUGGCGAUUAUGUCAGCUUUAUGUUUAAGAGGAAAAACUAAGACACGAAUCCGAAAUUUAAUCAGGUUAAUGUUUUUAUUUUCAUAAGUUUGUGUAGUUUUGUACCCUCUGACCUGUCGGGCCUCACUUCCUGUUCGGCAGUUGAACUUUAUAUAACUUUGAUGAUAACAUCGAACAGUAUAAUAAAGAUUUAUUGAACCUGUGAGUUAAUGAACAAACUGUGAAAACACCUGUAAUCAGCAGGUAAGUCCAGGGAUCAGGCGAAAUCAGGCAUUAUUAAAGAGUGUUUUCAUCUGACAACCUCUGUCACAGAUCAAUUAUUUUAGACGACCAUCACCUUCAUAUCAUUAUUUAUUAUUAUUUUUAUUUUAUUAUUAUUGUUAUUAUGUAUUAUUAUUAUUAUCAAUACUAUUUUACUAUUGUUUUUUUUAUUAUAUUCUAUUAUUAUUAUUAUUGUUUAUUAUUUUUAAUUAUUGUUAGCAUUUUAUCAUUUUAUUUUUAUUUUAUUAUUAUUAUAAUUAUUAUUAUUAUAUAGUUCAAAUUAUUAUAUAAAUUAUGAUAAAGUUAAAAUUUUAAUAAAUUUAAAAGUGUGGUUAAACCUGUGUGAUCACGUGUUGUUGGGACUGUGUUGCUUCCUUUCUUGGUGAGAUCUUCCUUAAAAAAAAGAGAGAUCUCUGAUCUCAGUGGGACUUACCCGGGUAAAUAAAAACAAUCAAAAAUUUUUAGACUUUGGAAAGAAGGAAUGAUUUGAAAAUCUGACCAAUCACAUCAGCAUUCUCAUUUUUGUUGUUAUUAGAGUUUAUUUGUUUAUUUGAACAGGUUAAAAGAAAAACAAAAUAAAUACAAUAUACAGUGUGCUUUGGCAGAAAAACAUUUCGAGACAGCUCUGUAGCAACAUGGAUAAUCAUACUUUGUUCGAAAGAGUGUAGGAUUAAGUUGAUAAAACGUAUCUAGUCCUACCCCUUUAUUAUAUAUUUUUAUUGGUAUUUAAGAGGAAGUAUAACAGAAUAGGUGUGAUAAUAAUGAUCUGUUCUGUCCUGUUCCUCCGUCAGCUCCUCAGGUAAACAUCUACAGUCGAAAUCUGGGUGCUCUGGGACAGAAAAAUGUCCUGAUCUGUCACGUCAGCAGAAUCUCACCUCCACCUAAGAUCACUAUUGACCUGAUGAAGGACGGUAAGGUGAUCGAGGGAGCCACUCAGACCGACCUGGCCUUUGAUGGAGAUUGGAAUUACUACCUGACGAAACAUGCAGACUUCGUCCCCCAGAAAGGAGAGAGGUUCGCCUGCAGAGUCACCUACAACGGCAAGACCACGAAAUACGAGUGGGGUAUGAACCUCUAAUACACUAUACACAGCUUUAUUAACAGAACACAGUAUUAUUUACAAUAAAAGCAGCAUUACUCACACUGUAAACAAUAUUAUUUACACUGUAAAUGUUUUUUUUACGUUGUAAAAAGCAUUGUUUACACUUUAAACAACAUUUUAACACAGUACGCAGCUUUAUUGACACUAAAAGCAGAAUUUUUCAGACUGUAAACAACUGGAUUUACAUUGUAAACAAUUUUUACACUGUAAACAACAUUAUUUACACAGUAUUAUUUACACUAAAAGCAGCAUUGUUCUGACUGUAAACAAUAAUAUUUACACUGUAAACAGUUUUUACACUGUAAACAUGAUUUACACUGUAAACAAUAUAAUUUACAUAAUUAAUAGCAUUGUACACUUGUUUAGACAUAAUUCAUACAGUAAAUGUGUUUUUCUCCUUUCAGACAUAUUUAUUGUAAAAACUCUGUCUUUACUGUAAACCUAGUUCUCUACAGUAACACGAUCUUUCUAUUUAAAUCCUAUUUUAGUAUUUUAUUUUUUGUUCUCGGCUCCUCAGAACUCUUCUGAUCAUGUUUGUUUUUGUCUUUGCAGAACCUGAUCACUCAGUUUAGCCUCUUGGUGUUGGCGGUAUCUCAGGUAUGUCUAGUAUGUUUUCAGAGUCUUUUUUACAUUAUCCUCUAAUGACCUGAUUUUCUGAUCUUCUCGUUAACUGUUAACAUUUUCUUUAUAGUAUGUUAUAAACGUUGUAUGUCCUCCCUUUGUUCACUUCUGUUUUAUCUGUGUGAUGUUCGUAUGUUUUGUCCCAUUAGGGUCAAUAUGUUUUCUGUAUGUUCUUAGUAUGUCAUCUGUAUGUUUCUAGCAUGUUUCCUUUAAAUUCAGAGUCCUGUAUUUAUCUGGUGACACACCUGUUUUCUGUUAUCCGCCCACAGGAGCCGGAGGAGACCUGAAGAACGUUCCAGAUGUUUCUCUGUGA